UUCGUUCAACCACCUGUUCACGGUGGAUAGAAAACAGAAUGGGAAAGCUUCAGGAAUUCGAAAUAACCCUUAAUAACAACAAAACGGUGUACAGCCCCGGUGAAUCGAUCUCUGGAACACUGAAGAUCACAAUUGCAGAGUCCAUACACUGUAAAGCAAUCAAAGUGAACUGCCAGGGAGUCUGUGGAGUGACCAGCAAAGCAAAUGACGUGAACUGGACUGAGGAGGAGCAGUACUACAGCAGCUCAGUCUCAAUUGCAGAUAAAGGCACUCUGAAAGAGGGCGAGCACAGCUUCCCCUUCAAGUUUCUCUUACCAGCCACUGCACCAACAUCAUUUGAAGGGCCUUAUGGACAAAUUUUUUACAGAGUUAGGGCUUUCAUAGACACUCCUCGGUUCGCAAAAGACUACAAAAUAGAGAAGCCUUUCUGCAUGCUGAACAACUUCAACCUCAAUGAAGCACCUGACAUACUCGAACCUAGCUCAUCAUCCAUUACCAAAACUUUCUCAUACAUGCUCGUGAAAAAUGGGACAGUGGUGCUGAACGGCAAGAGCGACAUGCGGGGAUAUGUAGCUGGACAGAUCAUCGAAGUAUCAGCUGAGAUUGAAAAUAAAUCGGACAAGUCUACAGGCCAUGUGGUAGCCAGUCUAAUGCAGAAAGUCACAUAUAACACUAAGAAGCCGACAAUUGACCUGCGGGCUGUUGCAGAGGUAGAGGGCCCUGGUGUUAAGGGUGGACAAAAAGCUGAUUGGAAGGAGAAGAUAAUUGUACCUACUCUUCCUCACUCCUCUCUGACUGGUGAUGUCCUCAUCCAAAUCAGCUACUACAUUCAGGUCUCUUUGAAAUACCCAGAGGUGUCAUUAAUUUUGCCCAUUUACAUUGGAGGCAUCGCAGUGGAUCCCACUCGGCCUUCCCCCUCAAGGCCUGUCCCUCCCAAGCCAGCCCCACGCUCUAACCCCGCCUCUGCCCCUUCUCCUUCUGCUGCUCCCUCUGACUCUACCCCUCUCAGCCUGCCUUCUCGCACAAACCCUAAAACUGCACCCAAACCCAGGCCUCGAAGCACCUAUGUAUCCCCCAGUGCACCACCAGCAGAUCUGUACCCUGAGCUCCCAGGUGCAGCUAACUGCAAUGGGGAAAUUACAAAGAGUCCACUGCAGGUGUCAGGUUCUCAGCCUGUGACCCCUAAUGCAUUCAGCUACACUCCUGGACUCAGCUUCAGACAGAGCCAAAACUCCAACCAUGCAUCAGGACCUCCCUUCAUUUCUGACACCAACCCUCAAGACAGAUCCUUGUUGCCUUCCUCUCCAAUGAGUAUGCCUCCAAACUAUAUGAUUUCAGCAUUUCCUCAUGAGCCUCCACCUUCCUAUGAAGAUAUCAGCAACACAUAAGAUUUUACCCAACCACAGGAAGACUAUAAAUCAUUUGAGGAAAACGUUGUUUUCAAAACACUCCUGUGACUUAUUAAUAAAUGCAGAUCUCAAGCACUUUUUGUACUAAAUGUGUAAAUCAACAUAAGAGAAUCUGAUAUUUAUACACAUCUUCAGAUAUGGUUUGGCAUCUAUGAUGCCAAGCAUUUAAAAAUUAGUAACUUAAAUGUUUUAAAAUGGAAAUUAUCUGCUAGUCUAAUUUUAUUUAUGAACCUCAUGCAAAAUUGACUGCUUGUAUUAAGGAUUAUCCUUAAUAAUUAAGAAGAGUAUUAAUUAUUAAGGAUGUCCCUCAUUUUAUACAUUUGUACAAAAUGUUCUUGAAAUCACACAAACAGCCAGGUUAUUUUGCUUUGUCCCUUUUAUUAGCAAGUUUAUGUUUUGUUUCCCAUUUUAUUGAUAAGCUAAAAAAAAUCCAGAUUAGUUUACAAGUUUUUAUAUAUGUCUAUAUAUUUGGUUGCACAAAUCAUCCACAAGUCUUUAUAUGACACUACAGAUUAUAUAUAGCCUUAUAAAUAAAUAGUAUAGAUUAUGUGAUAUUGAAUGACCAAUUGUUAGUAUUGUUUUUUCCCCAAGACAAAUUGCACACUACUUUCAUAUUAAAACACAUUUUCUAUUGAAACAGUGAUUUGUAGUGUUAAUUGUAGUGUACAUAUUAAUAAAAU